CAGUCCUUUGGGAUUACAUCACUUGCUCGUACCCGUAGACAUCAAAUGUUUAACGGAUGUCGGCGAAUUCCCAACCCGUUGCUGGUGGGAGACCACUCAGUCACGAAGGGCAAACUGUUCGGGAUAUGCGCGCAUCAUGCCUACGAAUCGCAUUGAGAUAUAGUCGCAAUAAACCGCACAUUUUCCGUCUGAUGAAGAAUUCCGGUCUUAUUGCGUGUUUUGCGGUUUCUUUGUGCAUCACCGAAUCUUUGUUUAAAUUGACCGAUGAGAUGCUUGAAGAUACAGAGCUGGAUGCGAACAUGAAUCCUGCUCCAAACGAAGAUGCAUCUACUAACGCACCGGGAAAAGCAAGUGAUCUCACCUUGAAAACCGUGCUUGAACAACGCGGGAUUGCUGUUGAUCGCAUUCUCGGCAAGGAUGAAGUUCAUCGGUUACUAAAGGCCUCCGGGCGACUCGCUCCUGAAGAAAUCGCAGCGGCCGCAAAGUUUCUCGCACACACAAAGAACUUCAAGGCUUCCGAUUGCCCUGACGCGCAGCUUCAUCGCAUGGUACUCUCUGGUGAAUGGACACCUAACAAAGAUCCCACUCCGCCUGGGGCCGUGAGCAUUGUGUUCGGCAGUGAAUCCGCCUUCGUGGAGCAGGUGGAUGACAACAAGGACAGUGUCUGGCUUCUAGCUGUGAUUGUACCUACUCGUCUGGAAGAAAUUGGUAAAAGCGCUGAUUCAACCAGAACCUAUGGGGACUCUGUUGUGACGAGCGAAGUCUGGGGGCGUUUGGUCCACAUGUACAAACCUUUUGGAUUCAAACUUGGAUUAAUUGAUUGUCGCGUGGUUCAGAGUGUCUGUCUCGAUCGGGGGUUCAUUGCCGCGGACCUCGUGCUAGCGCUUCCCAAAGGUGAUGACCGUAUAAAGGACGCCGUCCAGUUUCGACCAUAUCCUCGGCAUCUGGCUCAUUCUCCUCGUCUCACUAAAGUGUCAUUCUCAACGACUCAGGCACUCCAACAUAUCCGUGGCUGGAUGAGCUCGUUGCUAUCCGAACGCGUUCCAGAUGUCACUAGCAUGGAAUCCUUAAUUCCUGCUUCACUUCGCCCCACCGGAGGAAUUGGGCUACAAUCGAAGGGAUUGAAAUUUCAGUGGUUUCCGUGGCUUCGCCGGCGUCCACAGCCCUUGCAUUUAAUUUGGAUGCCAAACGCACAUUCCACUGGGCCGCCCCCACCACCACCGUCAUCUGCUUCUCGCUGCGAAGAUGCUCCACCCAUGGUUUUGUCUGCUCUAUCGGUUCCUUUCACCGGCCGCGUCCGAUUCGGCGCAAUUCGUGAGCCUGUUUUCAACAGACUGAGCGGCUCCGGUCGUCAAGGCGAUUCACUUCGCUCUAUUCACCAGGGUUCAAUCAAAAACCCAUCCGAUCUGCUGUAUACAUUGAAUUGCCCACCAGAUGCAACUUAUGUAAUUAUAACCCCUGAGGCAAAAUGUCUCGCUUUCGGAAAGAAAAAGGGCGAGUAUCCAGGCUACGCUAACAUGGCUUUGUUCCUCCGAUUUCUUUAUCCCUCCGUAGACGAUUGUAUGCUUCUCUUUGUCUUUCUUGUCAAUUUACUUGUUCUUCUCAACUCCGCUCUGGAUGCCGGCGUCAUGUUAUCCCACAUUCGCCAUCACACUGCCAGCGGUGGAAACUCCUUACCAAGUCCUCCUGUCAGUCAUCGCUUGAACUUGGCUCGCGCUGUUGUCAGGCUCGCUCGCAGAGGAUGGACUUCACACACUCCUUCCAGGCGUUUCGUGGAUAACACUGAUGAUGUGCAUCAAAUUUCCACCGGAAGUUUACCACACACUAGCGUUUGCCGCAAGCAACUUCUCGCGUUCUGUAAACAUUUUUGUCUCGACAUUCUCUCCUCUAAUUUUCUCAUUCUGAUCACCAUUCUGCCGUUGAUCAACAUUCUUAAUUUACCCCAUGCAUCAUGUCUCGUAAACGUCUCCCUUCUACUUUUGCGUUCCUUGGCCAUGUCCUCUCCGGCUGUUUCUUUGCGCCUGUCCAUCAUGAGCGGUCGUUUGACUUACACCCGCUUCGCGCUGUUCCUUUCGUUGCUGUGGCUCUCUUUGGUUAUUGUCACAUGCUGCGUUUAUCCUCCAAUUCAGUCCAUGCGCAUACGGCCAGGACGCCGCCGGAGCACGCGUCGGAUAUCCUGUUCCUCUCUGCAGCGUCUCUAUAAUCGUCCCGCCGAUCAGUUAGUCAGCGAACUCACUCGGCUUCUGCUCGCCACCUCGGACACCGAUGCACACCGAGAUCGCACUACAAGUUCUAACACUUCGAGCACUGUUGAAGCGGAAGUGCAGCCAAACUCCCAUGCAUCUUCUGCGCCAAAUAAUGACACUGUUACAACUCGACAUCCCCGCCCCGAGGCUAACCGCUUGCUGCAUCGUUUGAAUUCCCUUCAUCGGCUACUGUUGGAUGGGGAACAUAUUGUGAACUCAUCCACUUCACUCAUUCCCUCCCUCCCUCCAUCCAGUUUUGAUGAAUCAGAUCCACGGAACAGAUCAGCCGUAAACGCAGCCCCUGCUCACAUUUACACGUGGCAAUUUGCAGUAUCCAAUUCCGUUAGCAACCUUUCUGAAACUCCUGCUGCUUCGAGGCCCACUUCGACCUCUGCGGCUACGCAUCGUAAAGAGCCGAAUCACUUGAAUAGCUCUCGUAAUUUGCGUUGCACCUACCCACCUGCACCUCACACCUUACUGGGUGUGUAUGAAGCGGAGGACGAACAAGAUGAAUCGGAGGUGGAGCAAACAAAUUGUCCGAAUGUCCGAAGACGAUUUCGACGCCAUCGACCAUGUUUACCGCUGCGAUCGGAUUCCUCUAGCAGUCGUUCCGAUACUGAGGGGGAAGAUCCCACCUCCUCCGGAGAAUCCAAUUCAACGAACAAUUGGCCUCUUUGGGUUAUUCACUGUGAGAGUUGUGUCGUUUGCUGGCGUACCUUUCGUCCACGUGUCAGAUUGGGCGCUUUACCUUGUGGGCACGGCUUUCAUGAGGCUUGCAUUCGUCGAUGGUUGGACACUGGCGCGCUCGAUUGUCCUGUUUGUCGCUGGCCCGCGUAUGCCCCACACCUUAGGCAGCAACGCCAGAUGAUUGGUCAACUGUUGGCUGCGGUUCGCUCUACCUUACAUGCGACGCGUCAACACAGCCUGACUGACUCGGCCACAUCGGAACGGAUGCGCGACUCAGUGUCCUCUUGCUGAAUGUUGAUCUCUGUGUCUUCCACUGCAUCUCCCAUUGUCUCUAUCUCUCUUCAGUCGAAUCAUCUCCUUGUGUCUUCAAGCUUGCCCCCUAGUUUGUGAUUGCACACGUUUCUCUGGUGCUUUCCCUAUCCGAAAUGUUGUUCGCAUUAAAUCGUUUUUAUAUUUCGUUCGUUCUCCACAUUUUGUACACUGUGGCUUGCCUCCAUUUUUUGGUGAUGCAUUACUGCCGUGACUUUAUCACUUAUGUGACACCGAUUACAGCAUUGUUGAUCGUAUGCUUCUAGCCUCACCAUUUUGUCCCAAGACUACUGUGCUAGUUGAUAUAUGUCACCUUCAUUGAUGCGGUUGGCAAAGCUGCUAUCCUCAGACAUGACAUCUCGGCAUGAACGUACAGUACAGAGCAGUCUUGGUAAACGCCUUUUGUUACGUAAAUAAACAAUCCUUGCAACUAGCCAUCUUCUCGCACGGACCUUGUAUGAUGGGCGUUCGGCUGGAAAAUGUGAGGUAUAUUGUGCGUUUAUAGUCUUCGCUGUGUUAUUCCGACGGCAGCUAUGAGUCAUCGAGACAGGUUUUAAUGCCGGUCUACGUUCUGUGUCUACCAUCCUGCUUUUGGACUGUGCGGAUCAAACAAUAUUUGUACAUUGGCGUUUGAUAGAUCGAAUUGCCUACAUGGACUCAUAAAUCAGGGCGCUCUUCCUCGGCCUGGGUAACCGGGAAGAUCUUUGCCCGCACAACACAUCAA